GUCGCCGCCGCCGCCGCUGCCGCCGCUGCUGCUGUCCGGGACGCCGAUUCCGUGUGGCGGUGAGUGCGCGCCGCGCCCGAGCUCAGAGCGUCCAUCCCGGGCGUCAGUCAGCGCCCCGAAAGCCCAGGGGUUCCGGAGCAGGCGCCGCCGGCUGCUGCCGCUGCAGCUUUGGCCGCCGCCCCCGCCGCCCCCGCGCCUCCGGAGACGCGGCCUUGAGAGGCCUCCAGGCCCCGGCGCGGCCCGCCGAGCCCGACGCGCCGCCGCAGGUGCUGCUGCGAGUCCCCCGGCGCCCUCGCACGGCCCGUUCCCGCCGACCAUGGAGGAGAUUUCCUUGGCCAACCUGGACACCAACAAGCUAGAGGCCAUCGCGCAGGAGAUCUACGUCGACCUCAUCGAGGAUUCGUGCCUGGGCUUCUGCUUCGAGGUGCACCGCGCGGUCAAGUGCGGCUACUUCUACCUGGAGUUCGCCGACGCCGGCAGCGUGAAGGAUUUCGGCCUCCCGCCCGUGGAAGAUAAAGGCGCGUGCCGCCUCCCGCUCUGCUCCCUGCCCGGGGCGGCCGGGAACGGGCCGAACCAGCCGCUGCAACGCUCUCCUCCAGAAUUCCAGUAGCGGCGACAGGAGAGAGGCCGGGGGGUAACCGGGACAGUGACGUCGGUCGGUCCGUCCGGUGGUGUGGAGAAGCUUAGGUAGCUAAGUAGAACAACCCACAGCAACCAGACGGAAGCCCCAGUUCCCGUCGAAAAUUCUAUCGGUAAAGAAAAAAAAAAAAACAAUGUAGAAAUUUUAGAAAUUUGCAUUUUUAUUUUAUUUUUUAAAAAAUGGAUUGCCUGGGUUCAACUUUGCGAAACCUGGGUCGGAAGAGAUGUUCCCCUCGUGGGCGCACUUUGCAAUGUGAACUGGUUUCUGUACACAGCUGGAUCUGCACAGGUGAGCAGCCGUGUGCUCAGCGUGUCAAAUAGUUUCCUCGAUCUUUCUUUCUCCUUUUCCGGCUAACGGACGGUUUGGACAUCCCUGAUGGUCAGGCCUUAAACACUGGGCCUCAGUGGAACUGCUCUUCUGGUCACGGCCUCUCCCGUCGGCUUAUUCGAGACAGAUAUGAUUAGGUGUGUGAACUGGCUAAAAAAUAUCCCAGCUUGGGAAACUCAAAAAAAAAAAAAAAGAAUUAUUGGCCUAAUUUGCUAGGGGAAGCUUUGUGGUCUUGAGGCCCAAUAAGAAGAAAAGUCCAAGCGUCUAUCUUCUUAAAGAUCCAGCAUUUGCCGUGACUUUGAUGGACUUGGGGACAAGGGCUUGCCUUUUGCUGAAUAGCCCUUUUUCUUGUUACCCACUUUGCCACCUAGGAUUGACAAGUGGACAACUUGGUUAAUCCAGACCGGCUGAGGAUUUAGUCACUAUCUGGGGGAGAUAGCAAGGGCCUCUAUGACGAUGCACGAUCUCUCAAACUGCAAGAUAUCCUCUAUCGAUAUGUGAUUUUGUGUAUGACAGUUUGGUGGAGCAGUCAUUUUCCUACUUGCCCAUGCUAGGUCACUGCCUGCUUCCCACCCAAGGGACAGGACAGGACCUAAGAGCUUCAUGGGCUAUUGAAGGUUGUGGGUUGAAAGCUGAGCUUAGAGAUAAACUUUUUCAGCUUUUGUCAAUAAUGUGAAUGAGUUAGUGCUAGGUAAGCUAAGGAGCAGGAUGAGGCCGUUACUCCUGUAAUGGGGUCCUGUCCUAUUGAAUGUCCUGUGUGUCCUGUUCCUUGGUGGGUUGGGGAAGAGUUACAAAAUCCUGCUUUGGUGAACUUCUUUAAUGUCACCACCUCUGCCCCUCACAAAAGUUGUCCUUUUCACUUGGCCAUUUUUGGACCCUCUUGAUUACAGUAGCAGGCCCCUUGUUUGAAGUCGGGAUGGCCUCCAGAAAUCCCUUGGCUUCAGUGAGUGGGAUAAUGAAGGAUGUGAAAUUGUGAGGUGCAUAUUGAAAACCACUCUGUUUCCUGAUAGGUCAGUAAUCCAGUGUAGAAGGGUGGGAGCCCUAAGUUAAGCGGGAAUGGUGCUGCUUUAUUUGAAAUGUUUUCUUACCUCAUUUUUGUGCUCCCUCAGGGGUCCAGCCUCACAUCUCUGGCUUGGCUCCAUGUUCCUCCUGCCCUACUCCACUUAGGACCCUAGGUGCUGCCUGCCACCUCUCGUUUAUAUUUACCAGAUUCAGUUCAUCAUCUCUUGAUGCUGCUGCUUCCGAAACCUGGCUAGUUUCCUCCUCUGCUUUUUUAAAAAUGUGUUUUGUUUCCUUGACUUUUGUAGGAGAUUCAGAAGACACUAAUGGCUCCUUGUAUUGGGAUUAAGAUCGAAAGAUUCUUGUUUUUUGUAUUGGAAAAUGCUGAAGCAUUUCUCCCAUUAGACUAGCUAAUAGGCCUUCCUGCUGUUUCAUAUGUCAGGAGUUUAAACUCCCCACUUCCUCUUAGAUAUUGCCCCUUAGGACCUAAGCAGAUCAGAUAAGGCUGGCCAACACAAGGGAUGGAGAUGGUCUUGAUCCAGUUUCUCUAAUCCUUGCUCUGAAUACAUUUUUCAGCUCAUAAGGAACUAUUUGGAUUAUGUUGUCUCCUGUGGGUUACAGACCCCUGGAGGGUUAAAGAAACCAUUGUGAUAAGGCCUCAACAGCAUUUUGCCCCUAGGUUUUUUCUUCUAAGAGUUGGGGACUGAUUGCAUAUUGGUACUCAAGGAUUAUAAAAACUUUUUUAAAAAAGUCAGACUUGGGUAAAAGCUAAAAUUUUUGAUUCUUUACCUUUGAUAUUUUGCAGACAUCUCCAUCUUAGGGGAUGUGGAGGGAAAGAAAGGUCUAAGUGAGUUUAUAGGCCUACUUCCAAAUAAUGUCUGGGAAAUAGACAAAGGUAAGGUAAUGCCCUGCUGUUCAGAGAAAGUGUGUAGAUUGUGACAUUACUAUUUCCUUUCUAGCCUCUUAGGCAAAGGAGGAAGUAGUUUUGAGUAAUGGUUGAUUUAUAUUGCCUUCUCUCAUGGUUUUUGUGAGCUAUCACUCCUAACCCCUCAUCAUUAGGGCUAUAGUCCCCUGCUCUGGAUGAGUAUGAGGAGAGCUAGGUCUAAGUGCAAGAGUAACUCCUUUGUCUUUGGGGGAGAGAAUGCUCCUUACCAUAUAAUUAGCCAUGGUUUGGAACUCCCUUUCCCUAUCUUCUCUCAAUGCAGAAUUGCUAUCCUCCCUCCUCUAUUAAAUGUAUUGCUAACCCUGUAAUUAUGUAUCUGAGUGUGUGUGUGUGUGUGCGCGCGCGCACGUGUGCGGGUGCGCGCAUGUGUGCAUGUGUGUAUGUGUGCGUGUGCGUGUGUGUGUGUUUAUGAGGGAAGUGGGAUUCAUGAUUUUUGUGCUUUGUGGCUUUUCCUUCCCUGCAUUAUUUCCCACCACCGCAUGCCCCGGGGCCAUUGCCUGGCAUUAUCGCAUGCUGGGAUCAUUGGGGAGUAUAGUAAAACUCACCACUAUCCUUGUUUUGGAGAUUUAUUUUUGCAUAAGUUGUCCAUCUAAUACUGAUUGCUAACUGUGUAUUCCCCUUGCCCCAAUGGCUGCUGGUGUAAAUAAAGUGCAUAUCCCCAUUGGUAAACUAAUAAAAUUUUAAAAAAUGUC